AUGACAGAACCUUUGGAUCAAGAGAUCAAUAGUAAUUCACCUUUUGUAUCCUUAGUAAAAUCUUUUAUUGCAGGUGGAUUUGGAGGUGUUUUUGCUGUUCUUGUUGGACAUCCAUUUGAUUUGAUAAAAGUACGUUUACAAACAGGAAAAGAAUUAUAUACAGGAUCUCUUGAUGUUCUUAGAAAGAUCAUUUCUAGCAGGGGGUUUCCUGGGCUUUAUCAAGGCGUUAUACCGCCUCUUCUUGGCACAGUUCCUAUUAUUGCAGUUACAUUUUGUGGUUAUGAUUUUGGUAAAUUUUUAAUGAGAAAAGUUUCAGGAGCUUCUGAUCUAGAAAUUCGUCAUAUAAUGUUUGCUGGGUUUUUUUCUGCUUUUCCUGCUACAUUUGUAACAGCUCCAUUUGAGCGAGUUAAAAUUAUAUUGCAGAUUCAAGGGCAAAAUGAAAAGGAUAAAUUUAAUGGUAUAUGUCAUGUUUUAAAGCAUUUAUAUAAAACAGAUGGUAUAAGAUCAGUAUUUAGAGGAGGCUAUAUGACAUUGGCGCGAGAUGCACCGGGUUCCACCAUUUAUUUCGGUGUAUAUGAAACUAUAAAAAGGUAUAUGAUGGGAGAUGACUCUGAAAUAUCUCUUGGAACAACUAUUGUAGCCGGCGGUCUUGCUGGUAUUGUUAUGUGGUCUGCUAUUUUUCCGAUUGAUACGGUAAAAUCUGCUAUACAAGGUUCAGAUAAGAUAAGUGUAAAUUCCAUAUAUACAAUGUUGCAUCGUCAAGGUAUUUCACGUUUUUUUCCUGGAUUUGGGACGGCAAUGUUACGAUCAUUUCCUGCAAAUAGUGCAACAUUUCUAGGUGUUGAAGUUACUCAUAAAAUUUUAGACAAAUUAUUUUAA